GUCCUUUUCCUAAUUCGAUUCGGCAAAUAAAAUGGCUUCGAGUUUCGAAGAUACCAGGGAUGAUAUAUUGAGGGAUUUGUUCUUCAAAGAUUACACCAAUUUGGAAAUGCAAACAAAGCUGCACUAUAAAGGAAUUAGUAUGAGUAGUCGUUCAAUAAAAAGACACUUGAGAAGACUGGGUUUGAGGCAACGUGGAAGAUGGAGUACACAAGAAAUUGUUACGGCAAUUCAGGAAGAAAUAAAAGGCAGUGGUCAAAACCUGGGAUACCGCAGCCUGACUAAGAGACUUUUGACAAAGCAUGGCAUGGCAGUUGGAAGAAAAUCAGUAUCUAGCAUUCUUAGGCAAAUUGACCCAAAAGGUGUGGAGCUUAGGACACAUCACUGCCUGAUCAGGAGCACAUACUACAACAAGGGGCCCAACUUCCUGGUCCAUAUAGAUGGAUUUUCACGACGUGUCUUAUGGUUAAAAGUUGCCAGAACCAACAAUGACCCAAGAGUGGUUGCCUCAUACUUUCUAGAUUUUGUAGAAGAGAUAAAUGGAGUUCCAAGGUGUAUUCGGGCAGAUGGUGGGACAAAAAAUGGUAGUGUGGAAGAUAUGCUAAAGGCCUUGAGAUGGUAUGACGAUGAUGAUAUGAGUGGAGAAAAAAGUGUAAUAAUUGGUAGCUCUACUUCUAAUCAGAGGAUUGAACGCUGGUGGAGGUCAAUGCGGCAGAUGGGGAUUGGGUUUUGGAUCGACUUUUUCAAGGAUUUAGAAUAUCAAGGCCUUUUCUCCAAUGCAAUUGAGAUGCACAUAGAAUGCCUUAGGUUCUGUUUUACAAAAAUAAUUCAGCAAUAGUUGAAUCAAAUACGACAUGACUGGAAUCAUCACAACAUCAGGAUGACAUCCAGACAACCAGAGGAGUGUCCUUCUGGAAAACCAGAGAUGAUGUAUCUACACCCUGAGCUAUACGGGACAGUGGAUUACAAAUUUUCAGUGAAAUUAAGUGAUGUGGAGUCCUUGAAGAGUUUCUGUAGUUAUCCAAGCUGCUAUGGAUGCACAGAGGAGAUGAAGGAACACUUCACGUCUAUUUUGCUUGAAGGUAGAAGUGAGCCUAUACAUUCUGAAGAUGCAAAGGAACUGUUCCAAUGGAUGUUACAAAAGAUAUAGAUUGGAUAAGUUGACAAUGUGAUGAGGAUUGUGACAAUAAUAGUUUAUCCUCAAAAACUUUAAAGAUUAACAAAAACAAGAGGCCCAAAGGACCUUAAAUGGUUAUCGGACUACAUUGAGUAUGUCAAACUUCAAAAAGUAGUAUAACCCAUAAUGGUUGAAAUGUUGGAUACAUGUGACAUUAAAAGUAGGUCAAGCUUAUUCAUUUGAAUAAAAUUGGUAUUCCUCCAUCCCAGCAAGCUACAGGCCCAACAUCAGGUCUCUAUAUAUAUGUAUCUAGGUUAUUGAGAAGUUUUUUUUAAAUAUCAUAGCCUUUUUGACCCCAGUCACAUUGAAAGUGGGUCAAAGUCAUUCAAUUAAACAACAUGGUGGGGCUUUGCAUCAGCAUGGUACAGGCCCAAUAUGUCAGAUGACCUUAAUAAAGAAAUAACAUGA